UGCACAGCUUUAGUUCAGACAGAAGACAAUCCCCGGGUUGCUCAAGUAUCAAUAACAAAGUGUGGCUCUGACAUGAAUGGCUACUGUUUGCAUGGACAGUGCAUCUACCUGGUGGACAUGAGAGAACAUUACUGCAGGUGUGAGGUGGGAUACACCGGUGUCCGAUGUGAACACUUCUUUUUAACUGUCCACCAACCCUUGAGCAAAGAAUAUGUGGCUUUGACUGUGAUUCUUACUAUUUUUUUUCUUAUCACAGUCACAGGUUGCAUAUACUACUUCUGCAGAUGGUACAGAAACCGAAAAAGUAAAGAACCAAAGAAAGAAUAUGAAAGGGUGACCUCAGGGGAUCCAACAUUGCCACAAGUCUGAUUGGCGCCAGCAGGUUUAUGGGCGGGGAUGCACAGCAUGCCUGGUUAGUUUUAAUACUCCUAUUUUAUUAAUAUUUAUAUG